CAUCAGCCCACACUCAGCCACUGUGAGCUGCUGCUGCAAGUUCAGACUUUGAGGUGGGCACCGAGGACCUAACACUUCUUCAGCGCACAAGGGAUUGAUGCUGCUUGAUACAAGACUAGCUGCUGCCUGUCCUUUUCUAUGGUCUUCCUACAGCAUGGGGAGCUUAUAGGUUUUAUAGGACUACAACUGGAAUAUUCCCUGCACACAUCUCUGUUGAUUACUGGAUCCUUUAUUCUGCACUGAUUUUCCAGAAAUCACGUAAGGAACAAACAUCUCGUAAGGAACUUCAAGGAACUAGCACACAUCAUUUUUUUAUUGCAAACAUUGUGAAAAUUACACCCGUUCCAAGUAACUCUUCCUAAUAUUUCUCUUCCAUCAGUAUUUCUUUUUUUUCUUUUUUUGCAAAUCGGGUUUUCAAGUUUGGCUUGGAAACAGUUGUGUUUUCACAACGGGUGUGAACCUUUUGGGAUGUGACUACUGUACAGAAAGCAUUCAUGGUUGAAUCUGCACAGGAAAGACAAGAAGGAAAGCAUGUACCUACUCUGAAUGCACUAUUUAUUCCAGGCUUUGCUUUAUGAAUAAUGCCCCUGGUGUGGAGUUAAUUUUUACUGGCAUUCCUGAGGAGCAUUUAUAAAUGAAAAGUCCAUUUCUGGCAUGAAAUUAAGCCAACCAAAGGGGAUUAUAAAGAAACCGUUAAUCUGGCGUUGGAGGAAAUAUCACGUGGUCGCAGGAAACUAAAGCUAGUUAAAACACAAUUUGGUGUCGGCAGUAAACGUUUGCUGUGAUGUGGACAAGAGACAGUAAAAAUUUGGUCCCUUCUUCUACAAGUUAGGAUUGUUAGAAUAAACACUGUGAAAGAGAAACUGCUAAAUGAGAUAACCCAGACCUUGCUAUUCUGGGAACACAAGGCUUUCAGAAAGCUCUGCCCACGGGAGAAUUCAGAGGGACAUCAGCUCACACUUCAGACCAGCUACCUGAAGAUUUCAUCCUUCAUGACCAUGAGUGCUGAAACCUGGAACUUUCUUGUUGCUUGGACCCAAUUAUUGUUAUUACUUCGGAUGGCGCCACACUAUGUCAGUGCCAAACCCUGCCCAUCAGCAUGCCGCUGUGAUGGAGGCUUCAUUUAUUGCAAUGAUAGAGACUUGACAUCUAUUCCCUCGGGGAUACCAGAGGAUGCUACAACUCUAUACCUUCAAAAUAAUCAAAUAAACAAUGCGGGGAUACCAUCUGACAUGAAAGGUUUGGAGAAAGUGGAGAGAAUCUAUUUAUAUCGGAACAGUCUAGACGAAUUUCCAAUUAACCUUCCCAAAAAUGUAAAAGAAUUGCACCUGCAGGAGAACAAUAUCCGGACUAUUACUCAUGAUGCACUUCAACAGAUUCCUGCUAUCGAAGAACUUCACCUUGAUGAUAAUUCCGUAUCUGCAGUGAGCAUUGAGGAUGGUGCAUUCAGAGACAACAUUUAUCUGCGACUUCUCUUCCUUUCAAGAAACCACCUAAGCACAAUACCCUGGGGUCUGCCUCGCACGAUUGAGGAGCUGCGUUUGGAUGAUAAUCGCAUUUCUACUAUUGCAGAAAUCUCUUUGCAAGACCUUACAAAUCUAAAACGUCUUGUUUUGGAUGGGAAUCUCUUGAACAAUAAUGGCCUUGGGGAAAGAGUCUUUAUGAACUUGAUUAAUUUGACAGAACUCUCAUUAGUUCGUAAUUCCUUGACAUCUCCUCCUGCAAACCUGCCAGGCACAAGCCUGAAAAAGCUUUAUCUUCAGGAGAACCACAUGAACUAUGUGCCGCCCAAUGCGUUUGCUGAUCUCACCCAACUUUAUCGGCUUGAUAUGUCAAACAACAACCUAACGUCUUUACCUCAGGGCAUUUUUGAUGACCUGGAUAAUUUGACACAGUUGUUCCUCCGUAAUAAUCCAUGGUAUUGUGGUUGCAAGAUGAAAUGGGUUCGUGACUGGCUGCAGUCUUUGCCUUCCAAAGUUAAUGUCCGUGGACUGAUGUGCCAGGCACCAGAACAUGUGAGAGGGAUGACUAUCAAAGACCUUAACAAGGAGCUAUUUGAUUGUAAGGACAGAAUAAAUACAAAGCCAGUCUACAUUACAACAACAACGAUGUUGAACACAUUACUUCCGGCACAAGGACAACGUCCAGUAUCUGUGACCAAACAGCCAGAGAUAAAGCUGCCUGACCUCAACAAAAUCUACAGAACCACUCCAAUACCAGUUAGGAAAAUUAUCACUAUUAAUGUGAAAUCUGUCACAGUUGAAACCAUUCACAUUUCUUGGAAAAUUGCCUUACCGAUAAAGUCAAUGAGACUGAGCUGGCAAUUGGGUCACAGUCCAGUUUUUGGGUCUAUAACGGAAACGAUAGUCACAGGUGACAGAACAGAGUACCUGCUGACUGCUCUCGAGCCAGAGUCUCCAUACCGUAUAUGUAUGGUUCCCAUGGAAACCGGAAAUUUCUUCUUACUGGAUGAAACGCCUGUCUGCAUCGAAACAGAGACUGCUCCGCUUAAAAUGUACAACCCAACCACAACAUUAAACAGAGAGCAGGAAAAGGAGCCUUAUAAAAACUCAAACUUGCCCCUAGCAGCCAUCAUAGGUGGUGCUGUGGCACUGGUGGCAAUCACACUCCUUGCAUUGGUUUGCUGGUACGUUCAUCGGAACGGUUCCCUCUUUUCCAGAAACUGUGCCUACAGCAAAGGCCGCAGAAGAAAAGAUGAUUACGCAGAGGCAGGGACUAAAAAGGACAACUCCAUUUUAGAAAUCAGGGAGACCUCUUUUCAGAUGAUACCAAUAAACAAUGAACCAAUGUCCAAGGAGGAAUUUAUUUUGCACACUAUAUUUCCAUCGAAUGGAGUAAGCUUGUACAAAACCAGUCACAGUGAAAGCAGCAGUAACAGGAGCUACAGAGACAGUGGUAUACCAGAUUCUGACCAUUCACAUUCAUGAUGCUUAAAGGCACAAGACUUUUUAUAGAAACUAUUAUAAGUGAAUGGGAUUCACUGUUCUACUGCAAACACUGGAUUAUUAAAACACAAAAUGAACAUUUGAAGGAGCAAUGUACUGUACAUUUGCCAUAUAAUUUAUAUUUAAGAACUUUUUAUUAAAAGUUUCAAAAUUUCAGGUUGCUGCUACGAUUAAAUGUAGUUCGUCACCUGACCACAAUUCUCUAUUUUAGUAUUUUUUGUAAUUUGUACUGUAUUUUCCUUGCUAAUAUUGAAGUUACAGACCAUUUAACUCUUUUUUUGUGUUCUACUGAGUAAAAAUGACUUGUUGACUGUGAAAGUGAAUUUUUUUGAUGUGUUGAACAAUCAGGAUUUUUUUUUCCUCAUUUUUUUUCCAGAUCUUUGUGGUAUAAGCACAGGCCAUUUUGCAUUUCAUUUUAAACAUGGUAUAAAUAAGAUGUAGCUACAAAAAAAAAAGAAAAAAGAAAAUAUUCAAAACAUUUAACAGUAUUGUUGGGUCUGUAAAAGAAAAUGUACACAACGUUACUCAAUAAACAGAAGCAAAACUCAAUGUGUGUAGUAAUGGGCAUUACCCUUGUUUCAAAAGAACCUCAAGUUCCACACACUAGCUAUAACUCUAGAAAGAUAUGGUUGACGUGUUCACCCAUGCAUGCUGGGUAUCCCAGGUCAAAGUAACACAGAAUUAAAUGUUUUUUAUACAUAAUUUCAAAUAAAAAAAAAGUACUUUUUUAUCGUCUAAACUAUGUCCUCCUAGUGUUUUUAGGCUUGUAGAAAAAUUAACACAUAUUAAAAAAAAAAAAAUAACAUAUUCAAAAAAGUCUAUCCAGUAGCAUUGUAAGAGUCAAAAACAUCAUAUUAUUUAAAAAUACAUAAUCAAGAAUGCAGAAUAACCAAUAUUUGCCUGUAAGAAUAUUAAAUAAAACGAAUAUCAUCUCAACAGUUACCCACAACUCCUCUCUAAAAAAAAAUGUGUUUUUUUUAUAUGGACCAUUAUAUUCGAUUACCAAACAGUUGCUCUUAGUGCCCAUUACUACAUCAUUACAUGUUGUGUUAUAAAUAUAUACCAUGUUAUUUUGCCUAUUUCUGUUAAUUUAAUAUUUAAAACAAGAUACAUACUGUAUUUGUUGCCAUACACCCUUCCCCAUUCUGUUUUUAUUUUGUCACAUAAAUUCCAAAGUGCGUUGUAUGCUCUUUGGUCAGUAUUGUAUGUGCCUUGAUCCAAUGCUACACAUAUUCAGCUUUUUUUAUUUUUUUAUUUUUAUUUUGGACAGUGACAAUUUUUUCAUAAUUGCAAACUAUGAAAAAUAUUGAUCUUAUCGCUGAAUAAAAUGAAAAAAAACGUGAAAGUUGUGAUUUGGUUUAUUAAGGGCACGAAAAAAAAAAAAAGUAACCCAUGCGUUUCUAAGACAUGACUACAUUUGCAAACUAUUAUUAGGAAACCUAAUCAGCGGCAAUUAGUUUCAGGCUUCUAUUGCUUCUUUGUUCUGUGAAGUCCUAUCAUUUUGUAUCUGCAAUUUUCACCAUUGGGCUAUCAAAAGUAUUAAGUGUCAUGCAACCUUAGAAUUGCAAACAUACCAGCAGAAGGCAAGCGCGGCACAAAUAAGUCCCCAAGGGUCAAGUAAGCACCCAACUGUCUAAACAUCACUUACUGAGCAAGCAUCAGUACUUAGUUUGUCUGGUUAAAGCAGAUGAAGAUUGACUGCCCUAAGAAAUUGCCCUAAUUUAUGGUUCUUAAGAGAGACCAUUCUUUUCUUCCUUGUAGAGAGGAGGGAGGGGGUUGUGAAAAUGAUGUUGACAUAACUUUAGUAUGAAUUUCCUGUUAUGUUAUGGAUUACCACCAUUGGCGAUUGGCAACCUGCCAAACAUUGAAAAACAAUACAGCGAUGGCCUUUGAUGAGCCUAGGCUAGCAAUAUUUAUUCAGAUUUUACAUGUGUAUAAAUAUUUUACUUCUAUGUGUAAUUCAUCUAUGCAGAGUUUUUCAAGACCCGUUAGUAAUUAAAUACCGUUUUAAUCCAUUGGUUGCAGGAACAGACCAUGAAUUUCAUGGCAUGGUUUUAUUAAUAUUUAUAUCAUUUAUUAAAAUAAUUUAAAGGGUCUUUUAGAAGUGUAUGGGCAAUGGUUUCUGCAUUACAGAGCAAAUGAACCAAACUUUUCUUUUUCAUAGUGGUCAUGUAAAGCAAUAGAGGCUGAAAAUUGCUUCUUCAUUAAAAAUAAAUUAAAGGGAAUGGCUCAAGUAUUUUAUCUUACUUUUAUUGAAUAUAUUUAAGUCUUCGUAAGGUUAAUAAUUAGGUUUGUUCUGCUAUCUAAAUGCAAUAUGUAUUUAUGUUAUAUUUUUUUAAAUGUACCUGGUGGCAGCCUUAUUUCUUCCUUUUCUGUCUGUAUAAUUAGUGAGCACGCCUUAUGGCUGUCGGAAUUAAUUGACGUCAAUUAACAGAAAAUGUAUAUAGAUUAUUACAGUUGUGCUGGAGUACUUCCUGUUCAUACAGAGCCUUACCUGUUUAAAUAGUGUGACUAUCCUAUAUUAAACAAAAUGUCAUCACAUUCAUGCUUCCUGAACCAUAAAUCAUCUAUGUGGUCCCUGGUGGCUUCUGCCUGCCCCACCAGCCUUGGUUGAUAGACUCAAGAAAGGCUGGUCUACACCCAAAAAAGAGAUAAAUCUAUCAAUCAACUGCUGGUUCGGGUAGGAUGAAGGUAAUAACAGGAUCCCUUUAAAGGUGUUGGCAGAGCAUGUAUUUAAAUCUGUAGCUGGGGCUGUGGGGAACAUAUUAAAGCAGUAUACUUUCCUGAUUUCCCCCGUAAUCCACCACCGUCCUCAUCUAUACUAGUUUCACUGACAUUCCAUGUGGACAGGAAAUGUCAGCUCAGCGGCUGAUCUCUAUGCUGUCAAUACUCAUCAGUCACGGAUGUCCUGUUCACAUGGAACGUCAGAGGAACUAGUACAAAGAGGAUGAUGGUACAGAUAUCGGAUGGACAAAAAAGGGAGAUUUUUAUAGACAUGAUUAAGUAUGAAUAAUCCUUCUCUGGGAUAUUUUUUUUUUUGCUCAUUGUAAAAUACUGUGGUUAAAAAGAUGUUCUUCCAAAUGACAGGCUGCAAUGCCAUCAAUGGAAGCCCAGACUAAGUAAAGAUCAUGGCAGAGAUUGAUUGGUUGAUUUUAAAUACAACUGUUGUACAAGGUGACAUUUUUUAAAGACCAGCCAUCAACAAGAAGUCAUUUAGAAACCAACCACCUAAA